AAGACAGCAAAGACAAAUCUGUGGUUAGGUGACAUUUCCAAAUAACUAAUAAGACAACUACUAUUUGUAUUACGUAAAGAGAAAAUAUUUAAUUAAAAAAUACUACCAAGAUGUCUGUAAUGCACAUGCAAAAACGUUUUGUUAGUAAAGCAUGGCAAAAAUUCGUGUACAACAUGUCUGGAUUCAAUAAAUAUGGUUUGUUGAGGGAUGAUCUGCUCGAUGAUUCGAGAGCUGAUGUGGGGGAAGCCCUCAAAAGAUUAGAUCCAAAAAUCAUUGAUGAGAGGAAUUAUCGUUUGAUUAGAGCUGCACAAUUGUCUCUUCAGAAGAAUAUUCUGCCCAAAGACCAAUGGGCAAAGUACGAAGAUGACAAGUUAUACCUUACUCCAUUAGUUAAACAAGUCCGCAAAGAAUGGGAAGAAAUGGAAGAAUGGAACAAGAAGUACUAAACCAAAAUAUAUUAGGUAGUAAUUGUAUAUAAAUUAGAGCUUGGAUUAAAGUAUUCUAUAGCUA